UUUCCGAACUCAAAACCAUUCCUUCAUUUCCCCUUAAGCUAGAAGGGGAAGCACAACAAUGGUGAUUAGCACUUACUAAAGGAUGCAAUGGAGUUAGGGCUUAUAUCAGUGGACAAAUGGACUGUCCAAGCUCAGGCCUAUUUUCUCACUCACCUUCAUGCUGAUCACACCAAUGGUCUCUCUGCAAAAUGGGCGAAAGGCCCUCUUUAUUGCUCUCCCAUCACUGCAAAACUGAUUCCUUUAAAAAUUCCUGGUUUAAAUCGCUUAUUGAUUAGGGUUUUGGAGACUGGAAAAACCUACUCGCUUGAGUUGGUGUCUUCGAGACCUGGACCGAAGGUUCUGGUUCAGGUGACCUCAAUUGAUGCUCACCAUUGCCAUGGUGCUGUUAUGUUCUUGUUUCGUGGGGAGUUUGGUUGCGAGCUUCAUACAGGUGAUUUUCGAUGGGAAACCACGAAUGACAAGGAAAUACCUGGCAAGGAAAUGCUCCUUGAGGCUCUCAAGGGGGAUAAAGUUGAUAUUCUCUACUUAGAUAACACUUAUUGUAAUCCUUCAUUUUCUUUUCCUCCACGCCAUGUUGCUGCUCAACAGGUCAUUGAUGUCAUUUCCUCUUAUCCUGAGCGUGACAUUGUCAUUGGCAUUGAUUCACUCGGAAAAGAAGAUCUCUUGCUUCGUAUUUCAGAGGUGUUAAAAACAAAGAUAUGGGUGUGGCCAGCGCGCUUGCAAAUGAUGCACCUUCUUGGCUUCGAGGAAUCUUUUACAGCACAAACUUGCCUAACCAGGGUGCGUGCUGUUCCUCGUAACAGUCUCACUGUUGGUAUGCUUCAGGCUCUGAACACGGUUCGUCCCACUAUUGGUAUUGUCCCUUCUGGACUACCAUGGGGCCUGAAAGCUAUCAAGAAACAAUUCUCGUCACUUGGUUGUAUUCCACCAUCUUCCCCUGUUAAUUCAAGCCAGAUGGAUGAAACCACCAGUUCAGUAACAAGGGUUCAUCAGUAUAUCUAUAAAGUUCCAUACUCUUUGCAUUCUUGCUUCUCUGAGAUUCAAGAAUUCAUUAAGCUUGUUCAACCCUCCAUCAUGAUGGGCAAUUUGUCUUCAUCUUUCUGUUAUGUCAACCCCAAUCAUUUCUUUGGAUAUAUGUGUAGAGAUAUUGAUGCAUCAGCUCACUGCAAAUAUCUCAAACCAGAAUGUAUAGCAGAAGGCAAAGUUGUAUAUGGUGAAUCUACUGUGGAAUGUGCACAGUUCAACACUGUGAUGAUCAACAGAGUAAGAGCUACUAAAUUGUCUCGUUUGCGCAUGAGAAUAAGCUGGGUAAAUAAAAUGAGGAGAAAAAGACGUGGUGCGAAGCUUGAAUACGUGGAAAGUUUUGGUUGAUCUAUGCGGUUUGGAUGGAAGGACACAGUUGAAAUCUUGUUGUUAUAUGCUGAACCUUUCUUGUUGGUAAAGUCCUUUCUCUAACUGCUGUUCCUGUAUGUUAACAAGCACAUUUGAUUGCACAUGUAAAUUAAAUUCAGGCUUUUUUAUUUUUUUUAAUUCCUAAGUCAAAAUGUGAAUAUUGCAUUUGUUUUGGUAUCUGGAUUUCUAGACGCUGCAUA